UGUUAUAUUUAAAUAUAGUAUUAUCACAUGUAUUAGUGCCUUUAGCCGCUCACACAGAGCGUGCCAGAGAUACUCAGCUGAUUAAGACGGAUAAAGUUGCACCAAUUGCAAAUAAGACACAGCUGACACAGAGAGAGAGACACACAGAGAGAGAGAGAGAGAGACAGGAAGUGUCUAUGAUGUGCUUUGGUAAUUAGUCAGUAGCCUGCUUCAGUGAUGACCUGCUGCCCUUUAGUCCACAAUGUGAUUCAGUACACAGGCAAACAUUGAGGACCAUGGCCCACAGUGUGAGCUUCAGCACCUGUCGAAGGGAUUCUGAGUAUGAGAACCUGGGAGAAGAUGAACCAGAUCAAGUCUCCUUCCAGCAUGUUGGAGAGCCUGCAGCCAGCACCCAGAGGAGUCCUGAAAUAUUCGGGAUGGAUUUUAUUACGGAACGCUCAGACAGCUCAAGUGACAGCAGCACAAGCGAUGACACGCUGGACGGAGGGCCGGAGAACUCUCUGCAGAGGCACGGCUGGUCGGCUGCAACCCUGAGGGUGCUCUCCUCGAUGCCCAGCCGCUCCACUGUCCUUGUCCACACAGGGCCAAACAGCAACGCAGGAGUUUGCACGUCACGUCGGCCAAACCAACACCACCCCUCCAGACCGAACCAGGAUGACGCUGUCCAGGCAGAAGCGGCGGAAAUCACCCCUGAAGAAAGCAAGAAGCAGCAGCUGGUGUCCAACCUCCGAGGCCUCUCAGUGAGCGAGAGGCUGCACAAGCUGCGAGCCAUGCCGCUAAGCCUGGCAGAUAAGAUGGAAAUCAGGCGACUGGCUUUCAGUGAUGUCGCUGAGAGUUCCCUCAUCAACAGAGACAUCCCAUGCUACAGUCGGCUGAGCGUGUACAUUUUAAGGUCUUGGCGCCACUGUCUGUUCGGCUGCCUCUCCGUCCUCAGCUCCCUCCGGCUGUGGCAUUCACCCAUGAAGAAACUGAGCGGACGAUUCGGAACCGGCGUGCUCUCCUACUUCCUGUUUCUCCGGACUCUCCUGCUCCUUAACCUUCUCCUCUUUGUCAUCACCGGCCUCUUCCUGGUCUUCCCUCAAGCCAUCAACCCUCCUCAUCUUUAUGACUCUCAUUCCGACACCUUCACUGGCUUAGAGCUUCUCACGGGCAGGGGUUACCUCUCUCAGAGUGUGAUGUUUUACGGUUACUACGCCAACGCCAUGAUCAAAACCUGCAGCCCGCCAGACUGUGAUUCUGGCAAGUCCCUGAACAUGCCAUACAGCAUCCCUGCAGCCUAUUUCUUCACCAUCACCAUCGCCUUCUUCAUCACCUGCAUCAUCCUGGUGUACAACGUGUCCACAUCCCUCGGGAGGAGGUUUCACGUCCUCAAGUCUCAUGGGAAUCUGGCAACGAAAGUUUUCUGCUCCUGGGACUUUAAAGUCAGCAAGAGGACCUCAGUGAGACUUCAGUCUGAGAAAAUCAGCACUCAGCUCAAGGAGCUGCUCUCUGAGAUGAUUGGCAGAGAGGAAGCAAAGAGCUACAUGCAGCGACUCGGCCACCUCAUGGUGCAUCUGUUGGCGUGGGUCAUGUGUCUGGCCACCAUAUUCCUGGGCGCCAUGGCCAUCCACUAUCUGUCAGAGUCAAAGUAUAAGGCUGUCCUUAAGCCGAGUGCCUUUAAAGAAACGGAGCUGCUGCUCAUGUCUGCAGCGGUGUCGGGCUUUAACCUGCUGCUCCCCGGCUUCUUCAACCUGUGUGCCUGGGUAGAGAACCAUGACUCACCGAGCAUUCGAGUCUAUGUCUCCAUCUUCAGGAACCUGUUGCUGAAGGUCAGCCUUGUUGUUGUGCUGUGCUUCCACUGGCUGGAAAGAAUUGCUGUGGAACCAGAAAGUCGUGGUUUACAGUGUUGGGAGAACUUUGUGGGUCAAGAACUGUAUCGCCUGCUCCUGAUGGACUUCAUCUUCACAGUGCUUUACACUUUUUUGGGGGAGUUCCUGUGGAGGCUCUUUACCAAGCACGUGCUGAGGAGGAAAAGGAAGCCAGUGUUCGACAUUGCCCGUAAUGUGCUGGAGCUCAUAUAUGGACAAACUCUAACUUGGCUCGGGGUGCUGUUUGCGCCACUGCUUCCGGCGGUGCAGAUCAUAAAACUGAUUGUGCUGUUUUACAUGAAGAAGAGCAGCCUACUACUCAACUGUCAGGCCUCCAGAAAGCCCUGGAGGGCCAGUCAGAUGACAACGCUGUUCAUCUCUCUAUUGUGCUUCCCCUCGUUUCUCGGAGCUGCCGUGUUCGUCACGUAUACAAUUUGGACGAUCAGACCCUCGCCAGGGUGCGGCCCCUUCAGGAAUCUCACCACGAUGAUUCAGUCUAGUCAGCUGUGGGCCCGGGAGCUGGAGGACACCCACCCCAGCAUGUCUUGGCUCAGCUUGGCCUACAACUUUCUGGUGGAGAAGCCUUUUUUCUUAUUCCUCGCCUCUGGAGUCCUUCUAAUGGUGAUAUACCUUCACACUCAAGUUGUUGACGGCCAAAGGAGAAUCAUCAGUCGGUUAGAAAAGCAAAUUGAAAAUGAGGGUAAGGACAAAAAGUUCCUCAUCACCAAACUGCAAAUACUUUACGAACAGAGCAGUCAAGUUUGUCCCGAUAGAUAAGUCUGCGGCUGAACAACAGUCACGCGUCUCACCGGUGAAAAGCAUCUUCGGUUUGAUGCCAUCUCCUCCAUGCUGGGAUGCUUGCCAACAUCAUCAUGUCAGCUCACCCCCUCAAGAAUGUUACGCAGAAGCUGCAAUGUGAGCGAAAGCAAAACUAGUAGCGAGAAAUGUAUUGCGUAAUGUUUUCACGAGUCCUUCACAUGCUAACGAACACAAACGACAUCUAGUUUAUAGCACGAGUUACUAAUAUUUAUUUAUACCUGAUUCCUAUUGUAUGUAUGUAUGUAUGUAUGUAUGUAUGUAUGUAUGUUUAUUAUAUGUUUAAAUGUUUGUUUAAGAAUAAUCUUUUUGAAGGUGUUAUAUGAAAAGACGGAUCUGUUUGAACACGUCUGCUGUGUUAUUGGAAUGAGGAACCCUCUUGAUGUGCGCUCGGUAAAUAUAUCCUUAUCUGGAAA